UCGUCUAAAUAUUAAUUCUAUAAAAUCGAUGAUCUUUGAUAAUAUCAGAAUAGUAUACUUAAUGUGCUAACAAUAUUUUUGACAUCCUGUAUAUGAUCAGACACGUGCAUUGGUGUAAUGUUUACAUGGUCAAUGCACCCAUUAAAAAAUCAACGAUGUGAUAACAUAAUCAUUCAGGGCAAUUACAAUACUACAAAAAAUAAAAUCCAAUAGAUCUAAAUGAAUUCUCGAGACAAACAAAAUUCGUAAUUUCUGAUUGCUGGUAGUUUCUAAUUAUAAUAAUAUUGAAUUAUUAUCGCUGAACGACUCUAUAUUCAUUUGCGAAGUUGUAGGCAGAAAUUGCAAGAUGAAGACAGUCAGCCACUUUGCGGGAAUUUUAUUGCUCCUUGAAGCUUGCUCGCUCAUUAAUGCAAAUAACGAAUGGAAUCCUGACACUCUUAACAACAGUUAUCCUGUGAUAGUGAUCACCUGGAAUUACAAAGAUGCAAUGAAAAAAGCAUGGGAUGUAAUACAUAAUCAGAAGAAAAGUGCUCUGGACGCGAUAGAAGAAGGAUGUUCCCUGUGCGAGGAGCAACAAUGCAGAAAGACGGUGGGAUUUGGUGGUAGUCCAGAUGAAUCUGGAGAAACUACACUAGAUGCUAUGAUUAUGGACGGAACAAAGAUGAAUGUAGGAGGAGUAGGAGGACUACGGAAUGUGAAGAAUGCCAUUUCGGUUGCUCGCAAGGUGUUGGAACACACAAAGCAUUCCUUAUUAGUUGGGAGCUUGGCUACAGAUUUUGCUGUGAAUAUGGGAUUCAAGCAGGAAUCUUUGCAAACGAAUGAGUCCAAGGAGAUGUGGGCACAGUGGAAGGCAAAUAAAUGUCAACCCAACUUUUGGAAGAAUGUGAUACCAAAUCCAACAAGUAGCUGUGGACCAUAUCACCCGAGCAACAUAGAAGAUGACGAAAACAUGUUAACGGGAAGCGAGAAAAAUCAUGACACGAUCGGUAUACUCGCAAUAGACUCACAGAGACGAGUAGCAGCUGGAACAUCCACAAAUGGCGCCAAGUAUAAGAUACCAGGUCGCGUUGGGGAUUCUCCUAUUGCAGGAGCUGGCGCAUAUGCCGAUCAGGAUGUUGGUGCAGCUGCCAGUACUGGUGACGGAGAUAUUAUGAUGCGAUUUUUGCCGAGCUUUCUAGCGAUAGAAGAAAUGCGUAAUGGUGCGGCGCCGAACAUUGCUGCUAAGAAGGCAAUAAGCAGAAUCGCCCAGCAUUAUACUAACUUCUUCGGCGGAGUGAUCGCGUUGAACAACAAAGGAGAAUACGGAGCAGCGUGUAACGGAAUGCUGACGUUUCCUUAUUAUGUUGCAAAUCCUAUUUCAGGCCCUAAGUUACAUUCCGUUCAAUGCAGCAAUUAUCCGCAAUAUGAUGGAUUCGACGAAACUUGUUAAUUUGCACAUCUGUUCAUACUUUAAAAUGAAUUAUUCAAGUUUAUUUAUCUUUAUAAAAUAAAAGAACAGAGACUUAAGAAUUUAUUUAAGAUAUAAUCUUACUCAACUUACUCUUACUGAACUUUAAACUACAUUAAACUCGAUAUUGAAAAUAUCAUAUGAAAAAAUGUUGAUGUAAUAUAAACAUAAACAUCAAUUGUCAAUAAAAAAGUCGCACCAGUUGUAGCGAUAAUUAUUUCAUAAUUUUGAGUUAAGAAUAAGUUAAAGACCUUUGCAAGACAUAUUAAUUAUAACAGAAUUUAAAAUAGAU